AUGACCAAUCUCCCUAACUAUCCAAACGAAUAUCAGGCGCAAGGUCUCCAAAGAGCGGAGGACCUUCGAAUACAGUUCCCUCGAAAAAGGCAGAAACCCACGCAUUCAUUCCUCUCCAGCUUGAGCCAGUGUUAUCUAAACCCACCAGAGAACCAGCGACACUAUCGCCCACACAUUCUCCUCGCCUCCCAAGUUACGAAACCGGAUUGCUUUCAUUGCUUUCUUCGUCUCCCGCGGGAAUUGCGUGACCUUGUUUACUUUCAUGUCCUUUGCCCACCAACAAACAAAGAGCUUAUCGUGAAGACUACAACGGAAAGCGUAUCUUAUAGACGGAUCUGGGCAAAUGAGAUUCCGCUAGCUCCCCUGGGCUACGGAAAUCCAGAUUCAUGGUCUGGCAGGGAGGAAAUGACCACCUUGCUCAGGGUCAGCCGUCAAGUCUAUAGGGAAGCUUCUGAAGUUCUGUUUUCCGAUUUCCGAUUUUCCAUUCACGCUAGGGUCCUCCAGAUACCUAGAUGUAACUUCAUACAGAAGUUGCGAGAAACGGUGUCAAGCAAAAUUCAUAAACUAGGACUAAAAUUGGAGGUGUUCUGGAAUUCCCAAGGUGUUCCAGUUUUGGAUCUCUACUCUUACGACAGCCUGAGCAUAUUUCCCGCAGUACGAAGUGUCGACUUCCAUUUUACAUUCAACAGCAACGAGUCCAAAUUCUUCAAGGGCUAUGGCCCUCUAUGGUCGAUCGAGCGCAUGGAGCCCAUGUUUGAGAUGUUUCGACAUGUUCAAAUGUCGUUCAGCUGGUCGUCUGACCGAUCAAUCCAGCCCAAGCGCAUUAAAAAAGCAUGUAGGACCAUUCAAUCAAUGAUCAAUAAAUUGGGUAGGCUGGAGAGAAUCCUUUUUCUGUUGGAAUCUCCGAAAUAA